UAUUAUUUACAAGAGAAUGGACGACGGAGAAGUCACAUACGCUAGAGUUGAAGAAAUCAUUGGUAGAACUGGAUCCAGAGGAGGAAUCACCCAGGUCAAGGUUAACUUCCUUCAUGACAGCACUAGAUCCCUUGUUAGAAAUGUCAAAGGCCCAGUCAGAAAGGGAGAUAUCAUUGCCCUUAUGGAAUCUGAAAGAGAAGCUAGAAGAUUAAGAUAAUCGUAUAAGUAUGAGAUUAUUCGAUAAAAAGUUACCCUGAUUUC